AUGCAAUCCAACUUAGGAAGUACAUUUCAAUGCAAUUUUUGUUUAUCUUAUGUACCAAACAUGUGCAAAGAAGUACAUAAUGUAAAGUGUGGGAUGAAAAAUAUUCAAGAUAAUUCUCAAAGAAAUCAAUUGAAUGAAGAAGAAUAGAUUCCCUAACAAUAAGAUUUCCCAUAAUAAAUUGUAACUUAAUUAAUAUGAUUCUUUUAGAAUUUUAAAGAAAAAGUAAACUAGUUGUAGCAAUUUUAGUAAGCAAUGAAUAACUCACAAUAAUUUAGAAAUGACAUAAAAUCUUAAUAGAAUUAAUAAAAUAUUUCGAAUAUAAUUUCGUAAGGUGCCACCAACACAGUCAUUAAUAUUACAAGAUAAAAUGUAUAAUUGAAUGCUACUUAAGAAUAAUAACCAGCACAAACUCUAUAAUUUUAAUAGAGUAGAAUUUAAUAGUAAGGAACUAGUAGUAGAAAUUUUACAAAUCAAUAAAUUUCAAGGUUUCUUGAAAUUCAAAGGUCAAUAUAGCCAUAAAACUAAUAACUGACUAAUUUAUUUAGAACAAAUUAUGAGUAAUAACAACAGCCUGUUUAGUAGCUGUAAUUCCCUCGAUAAUAAGUUAGCUUUAGAUAAACUCCUAAUAGUAUGUUUACACCAAAUCCACUGCUCCAAAAUAUUUCUUAAUUUUAAUAGACCACUCCUUUAACACCCUUAUAAAAUGAUUCUAACAAUAAUUCCAUUUUCUAAACUAAUAAUCUUACUUAAAGAAUAUAAAACAUGUUUCCAUCAUAGAGCGACGAUUCCAGUAAUGAAGAAGAAGAAGAAAUAAGUGAAGAGGGUGGAUUAAAUAAUUUUGACUUAUUUAAAAAUUAUACAGAUGAGGAAGUGAAUUAAAUGAAUAAAUAAUAAUUCUAUCAAUACUUUAUACACAAACAAAUCACAGAGAAUCAUUUGAAUGAGCCUGAUGUAUAGAUAUAAAAGAUGAUGGAAUAAUAAAAUGAAAAAGAUAAUUAAUGUGUAAUUUGUUAGGAAGCCAUAAUAAUGGGUGAGGAUGAAACGAAGGUUUUAAUUUGCAAACAUGAAUUUCACUAAGACUGCAUAUCAAAUUGGAUUACUUUUAAAUCAACUUGCCCUAUAUGUAAAACAAGCAUUUGAU